AGCCGACUUUCCUUCCUCGCAGAUCCACACAAAGAUUACAACACAGUCCCCUCCGUCCUGCCGCCAACCCAACCCAACCCAACCUAACCUGAGUACCUGACCCAGCGACUGAACUGUGGAGCUGCGGGAGACGGGGAGAGACUGACGGACUGACAGUCGAGGUCGCGGUCGGAAACAGACAGACAUACUGAACCGAUUCCGUGGUGGCGGAUGGAGUGGGACGACGACUGGGUGGCCCCCGACAAGCUGCAGCACGCCGUGGCCUGCCUCCUCAUCGCCCUGCUCUCCGCCGCGCUCGCCGCCCGCAGCGCCCGCCCUGGCCUCCGCCGCCGCGCUGCGGCUGUCGGCUCCGCGGCCUCGCUCGCGGCCGGCGCCGCCAAGGAGGCCGCGGACGAGGCCCGGCUCUUCGGCUCCGCCGGCGCCUCGCCCAAGGACGCCGCGGCCGACCUCCUGGGCGUCGCGGCCGCGGCGCUGGCGCUCGCCCUGCUCCGCCGCCUGCGCCGCCGUCGCGAGAGGAAGGCGCGCGAGGACGGGGACGGGGACGGCCGCGGCGGCGCCGCCGUCUCCAUGGUGUGACUGUGACGGCGAGGGCUUGAAAAAAAAACGGAAGCUCACGAACUGCUUGGCUCAAAGCGGCUCGCGAGGCUCAAACAAGCUGAGUCGAACUGGAUUUUCAAGCUCGUUGAUGUAGCAAGCUGAGUCGGCUUGUUUUGGCUCAUGAGCCGACUCGUAAACUAUGUCAAAUUAAGAUCAACUUCAAGAGACUAGUUAUAUGGGUUUUUAAAGGUAAAUUUAGCUAUAUCUAAUAGAUUUUGUAAAUGACUCUUCAAAUUUAGUGGCUCUCUAUUCCUCCACCUUCGCUCUCUAUUUUUGGAUAACCUGCUUCACUCUCCAUUCAAUCUGUAAGUUUACCGAGUCUAUUGGAUUAACCUACACUUUUUCUGAAAA